AUGCCACCACACAAGGAGACUGUUUAUCUACCUCUUGAGAAACUUGACAAAUGCUCACAAUGCAGCAAGCGGAAAUCAAGAUUACUUUUGUGCUCCGGUUGCGGUGAACGCAUUUACUGCUCCAAAGAAUGCCAACAAACAGAUUGGAAAGCACAUAAGGUUUCUUGCGGUGGGUAUAUAGUAUAUAUCCAAUGUCCGACAUCGCACUCACGGUCCUGCACCCUAGGAAAAACCCAUCGCAUCGACCUGAACGCGUUCUACCCCUUCCUCGCAUGCCUCUCCGAACUCAACCACCUCCACGCCCAAAAACCCACACACAACGCUCUCCGGCACAAAAUCAUUAACUCUCCCAAUCCCGACUCUGACGAAAUCAUCGAUUGCCCGGACGGCACAACUGCGCUGCUGAUCCAUCUAGGAGAGGAGAUUCCUCUAUCCGAAGGCUUGAAUGGGACCGAAAAAUGA